ACAACAAUAGCUGAAGCCAUUACUAAAUGGGAGGAGAAAACUGGUCUGAAGGCCACAGAAGCUGCUGAAGUCGAUUUAUAUGCCCAGAUGCCACCAAUAGAAAUAAUGGAUUCCUCACUAUCGACUCUGGUAAAAUGCGAGAAAUUGUCACUUUCAACAAACGCUAUUGAAAGAAUUCAAAAUCUGAAUGGACUCAAAAACUUGAAAAUCUUAUCAUUGGGGAGAAACAAGAUAAAGUCGCUCAAUAGAUUGGAACCCGUUGCCGAUACUUUAGAAGAGCUCUGGGUAUCCUACAACCUCAUAGAAAAAUUGGACGGUAUCCAUGUUCUUAAAAGAUUAAAGGUACUGUACAUGUCAAACAACCAUGUGAAAACAUUUGCUGAAGUGGAGAAACUUGCUGAUUUGCCAUUCUUGGAGGACUUGUUGUUUGUAGGUAACCCAAUAGAAGAGGCUUUAUCCACGAGUGGUGAAUGGAGGGAUAAAGUUGCUACAAGAUUAAAAUCACUGAAAAAACUAGAUGGUGUUCCUGUUAUUCGUGAAGAAGAAGAAGAAGACGACGAAUACUAG